CAUGUCAGUCAUAUAUGACAUUUUAUGAUCAAGUGAAGAUAAAUACCAGUAAAUCAGUGACAAAUUGGGUGUGUACACAAUUGAUUGAUUGAUCGUUAAAAUUGACAUUUUUCUUAUAAAAAAAAUUAGAUAACAUAAGGAUUUAGGGUAGGAUAUGAAAUUAUGAAAAAGUGUGGGGAUGUAACAACAACUUUCCCUUUAGUUCCCCAAUCAAAUAAACCAAAAAAAACAAAAACAAGUGAAGGAAGCAAAGGUGCAUGGUACUUUGAGGAGCCAAAGCCACUCUCAAACUUGUGGCCUUGUCAGGGUUCACUCUCAGAUGGGUCAGCCCCAAUUGUCCAUCAUCAUUCAGACUCUCACCCCCCUCUUUUAUAGGACCCACACCAUCCCUCCUCACCCCCACAUACAUCACCCCCUCCCCUCCUCCUCCCUCUCAUUUCUCCUCUCCCAAUUUCUCCAUUUCCUCCUCUUUUUUCACCACACCCAAAACUACACCUCUUUCUCUCUCCAAAUUUUCAUGGACAAGGUUGAGAAGGAGACUCAAGACUUCAUGAACGUAGAGUCAUUUUCUCAGCUCCCCUUCAUCCGCCCGGCCCCUCCCGUCAACAAAGAGAAGGGCAUCCGCCUCUUUGGCAUAGAAUUCGGCGCAGACACCCCCACGGAAGACUCCGAAUCCCUCGACUACACCAAUGCCUGCGAAGACGCCGCCGCGAAAGAGUACAACAUCAACACCACCACCGCCACCAACAGCAACAACAAAAGCAACGAAAGCGGAGGCGAGAGCAGCCGGAGAUUUGAAUGCCACUACUGCUGCCGGAACUUCCCGACCUCCCAAGCCCUCGGGGGCCACCAAAACGCGCACAAGAGAGAGCGGCAGCACGCAAAACGCGAGCACCUCCAGUCGGCCAUGGUGCAUGCCGGCCACCACGGCCUAUCUCACGACGCGCACCACCACGUGUACGGCUUAAUGAACUACACAACUUCUAGGCUUGGGGCUUCACCUCACCAUCACCAUACUGCUUAUCCAUCUUGGAAUAGUAGCCACUCUAGCUCCAUUGCUGGUGCUCAUCAACAUACUAGGUUUUACGGAAACUCUGGUGGGACGUACGGCACGCAAUCAGCCCCCAUAAAUGGGAGCCCUUUGGCCCUGUGGCGGAUCCCUGCAGUUCAGGGUACUACUAACCCUAGUUUCAAUCGUGACCGUUCGAUGAAUUUGUUCGCCGGCGGGGAGGAGAUGAAGGCAGCAGGGGUCGGUGGGACGGGCGGUCAAGGACGGUACGUGUAUGACUCGUCGAUGGCGAGUGUGCAAGACCAUGUGAGUUUGGAUCUUCAUCUGUAAUAAGAUUAAGGCUGCUAUGAUUUGGAUAACUACUUUAAUCAAUUAAUUAAUUAGUACUACUUUAGAGGGAAAAAAAGAGAGAGAAUUUGAUGAUGAUGAGAGAGAAGGGAAUUAAUUAAUUAAUUGUUUUUAAUAUAUAAUCUCCUGGGAUUAAUGCAAAUGAGGCCAAUUUUAGGAAAUAUUCCUGCUCAUAACUUCUUCAGUCACAAUUUUUAGUAUGGUUUCGGUAUGUAAAUGAGGAAAUCAUGUGUUUGGAGAAAUCUUCAUCAAUGUAAUUAAAAAUAAUCAGGAAGCAGUACUAUUCUUGAUUCUGAAAGCAAAACUUACUGUUUACAGGCAAGGAAAUUGCUAUUUUUGUGAAGCAAAAUUUUCGUUUAGAUUUCGUUCCAUCAGCAAAGUUGGGUUCAUUUCAUUCAGAGCAAUGUCUCUCUCUUCUUUGAGAGAGUAUAGUUUAACUUUUGUCCACACGUGUGAGGAAUAUAUGGCAUCGGUUAGGAGGUGCAUGGACUUUUGUAGAUACACACGUGUGGCUAUGUCGAUGUAUUUGUUUGGUUCUCUAGACAGGUGGGGUGAUGAGAGAGGUGGAAUUUGAUUCAGUGUAUCACACUGCUGCACACACACUCACACAGAAGAAAGAUGAUGAUCAGGUGAUAAGGUUUGAUGAUAGUGUUCUGUUUUCUGCUGCCUCAAAAUAUGCAGAAAGAAAAUGAUACAUCCAUGGAAUUUUGCAGGUUGCAUUGCUUCCUGCUACACUUUAAUUUAUGUAUUUUUGCUUA